AUGCCAGAUACGGAUUUCAUAAUGAAAUGUCGUGGACUGCCAUGGUCUUGUACAGAAGAUGAUCUACGUGAAUUUUUUGGGGAAGCAGCAAGAUCAAUUACUCAGAUAAAGCUAACGAAAGAUCGUGAUGGGCGUGCAAGUGGUGAGGGUUUUGUCGUAUUUAGCAGUCGAGAAGAUUAUGACUUUGCUUUAACAAAAGACAAGAAAUAUAUUGGCAAACGAUACGUAGAGCUUCAACAAGUGUCAUCAAUGGAAUCGGAUUAUGAUGAUGGCGACAAGCGGUACGGAGGAUCGGUAGCAGAUCCAAAUUUGCCUGGCCGUGAGACAUCUAUCGUUAGAUUGGGAGGUUUGCCAUACGGCUGUACUAAGGAAGAAAUCAUGCGUUUCUUCGAACCACUUGAAAUAGCCGAUAAAGGUAUUAUUAUGACUUACGAUCGUUAUAGUGGGAAACCAAAAGGCGAGGCUUUCGUUGCAUUUAAUGAUGAUGAUUCGGCUUCUAAAGCUCUUGCUAAAAAUAAGGAAUACAUUCAGCAUAGAUAUGUGGACAUAUAUCCGUCGUCUUAUGGUGAGAUGCUUCGAGCUUUAGAUGGAGCUUUUGAUCCUUACGGUGGUAGUGGUCGAGGGUGGGAAAGAGAUCGUCGCCCGAGAGGGUUACCAUAUGAUCGUCCAGGUGCCGAUAGGGGCUAUCGCGAUUCCAGAAUUCAUCGAAAUGGUCUUAUCCUGGCUCUUAAUGGAAAAUUUGGAAUUUCUGGAUCGCUGCGACCUUGGAAAGUGUUCAGAAAUCUGCUGAUCUAUGGUUCUGUUUUGGGUAUUAAAUGUGAAUGUGAACGGGGGGUUGCAGAAGUAUGGGCCGACAGAUAUGGUGGUGGUGGCGACGGUUAUGAUGAUGGGUACGGUGGUGGACGUGGUGGUGGAGGACCGAUGCGACGGGGUUGGAGAGAUGAACCGCCGAUGGGUGGCCAUAGGGGGUAUUCACCACCGCGGCGUCGUUACAUGACGCCGCCACCGGAAUACUGUAUACGGAUGCGCGGUCUUCCAUAUCGGGCCACGGAACGCGAUAUAAUCGAUUUCUUCCAACCGCUGCGACCAGCAUCAAUUGAUGUGCUGUACGAAUAUGGAACAGAUCGUCCCAGUGGUGAGGCAAUUGUCGAGUUUAGAAAUCGAGCAGAUUUUGAUGCUGCUAUGCAACGCAAUCGAAAUUACAUGGGAUCGCGUUACGUAGAGCUCAUUCCGGAACACUGA